UUGAAUAAAAGGAUCAUUAAGUACUUUUUUCUGAUGUAAAAUAUCUAUGGAUAUCUGCAAAUAUCAAGAAAGUAUUAAUUAAUGCUUUGACAAGAGUAAACUCGAGUUCCAGUGAACUUGUGAUUAACUGACCGUUCGAAGGCGGUAAUUCCAUCAUUCUAGGUAAUCAUAACUAAGAUCAACUGACCAAUGCACGAGGUGACAUGUGAAACCAAUAAUGAAUAAUAUAAAGAUAGGUUUUGCUUCACUAAGUUUGAUUAUUAUUUUGAUAAUUUACUUUUGUUUAUUCUUGAUCACUGUCAAUUUUCCUUCAACAAGAAACAGUAAAGUUAAAAAUGAGGAUUGUUGCUUUGAUGCAGUUAUAAAAAGUGAUAUUUCAUCAUGUAACAAAAGUUCAGAAAUACAUUCGCUGACGGAAGACGUUGAUUGCUUUCAAGCAUUUAUGUUCACAAAGAUGAACAUACCAUGGAAAUUGGAACACAAGCACAGCACAACGAAAAAGUGUACAUUUAAUGGAACAUAUGAAAAAUGUCCAUGGAUAUGCAAUAAGUGUACCUUUGUCACAAUGAAAAAUAUAAUUGGACGUACUGGCAAUCAAAUGUUUCAGGUUGCUUCGUUAUUCGGAAUUGCACAAAAACGUGGACUUAUCCCAAUUAUACCAUCUACAAUUUCAAUAAAUAAAUGGUUUAACUUGCCAACUUUAACUGAGGUUUCAAAACCUAUUCACCAAACUGAAGUGAAGGAACAAGGUUUUGGGAAGUAUCUUAAUGAAAUCGAAGAUAUCGACGAGAAUAUGAACUGGACCAUUACAGGCUAUUUACAAUCAUUUCGUUAUUUUGAUACUUCAGACGAUAUCAUUCAUGAAUUGUUUAAGAUGAAGUUGGAAAAACGAAUGCGUGCGCAAAAUCUAUUACGGUCAAUUUCACCAUACGACGAAAUUGUAUGUAUGCAUGUACGAAGAGGAGAUUUUUUGAAACUGAAAAACAUCAAACUUGGGUAUAAUCCAAUUGACUAUAGGUUCAUAAAUGCGUCUAUGAACUAUUUUCUAAGUUCAUUUAAAAAUAUCACAUUUGUUAUUUUGUCCGACGACAUGUCGUGGUGUAAAGAAUAUAUAAAAGGUGAAAACGUUGUUUUCAGCCCAUUUAGGGAAGCCAUAGACGAUUUUGCAUUAUUGAUAUCGUGCAAAAAUGUUGUUAUAACAUCUGGAACAUUUGGUUGGUGGGGAGCUUAUUUAUCUGGUGGGAAAGUUGUUUAUAACAAUGGAUUUCCGGCUAAAGGCAGUUGGCUGGACAAAAGACUAAACAGAGACGAUUAUUAUUUCACGACAUGGACUGGUCUAGGCGAUAAUGAUUCAAAUGUAUCAUAUCUAAAAUAACCGUGAUUACAAAAACCUGCAAACAAUGAAUAGUUUACUGUUUUUUUUAUAUACAAUGUUUGUAUCACUUUCAUUCUUCAUAAUAUUGCUUACAUGUAUUUUUUUCGAUUAAAAAAGCAGUGGGAUAUUCAAAGGACUUUGAUCAUACGGUUUACUUGCCCCGAAAUUUCUGUAAACUUGACUUAUAAAUAUUGUUGUGCCGACAAUGCGGUUUGUGUUUGGCUUAAGUAUCUUAAUAAUUUUCCCUCUUUAUAGUCCUUAAGUAAGCAUUUGAUCUUAUUGUUUUUCAAAUAUAAUUUUGACAUAUUUUACCAGAUUAGUUCAAAUAAAGCGGCUUAAAUCAGUGUUUUAUAGU